AUGCCUAUUGAUCGCAGGAAGGCCGCUGUGUUCGGAGGCGCUCUCGCCUUGCGGCUUCUCCUCCUACUCCUGUUUCCCUCCCUGCCCGACUUACUGACUGGCCGAGUGGAGGUCUCGACGCCAGUGACCAGCUUCAAGAGACUCCAAGAAGGCCUCUUCCUCUAUAACCGCAAUGUGUCACCUUACGACGGAGGCGUCUUCCACCAAGCGCCCCUUCUACUCCCAAUAUUCUCGCUUUUGCCGAACGCCCAUCAGUACCCUCUUCCAACCGCGCUCCUCUACUCGCUGAUCGAUUUGCUUAACGCGAAUGCCUUGGUAACCAUUUCCGAUUCCGCUCAGGCAGUGUCCGGGAGACUGUACACGUCAAUAAGGAAACAAAUAAAGUGGGACGGCGCUGUGGUCGCAGCAUGGUUCCUGUUUAACCCCUUCACUAUUGCAACUUGCCUUGGCCGCUCAACCGCAGUAUUCACCUCGACCGGGAUCCUCUAUGCCCUUUCCGCGGCCGUCCAAGGUCAAAGCCUCAAUGCGAUGUUCGCACUAGGACUUGCGUCGUACCUGUCGAUCUACCCGGCCCUUCUGUUCAUCCCGCUUGUCCUCCUUUGCUAUGAUCGACACGCCCAGCGCAGCCCAAGCCCUCCGUCCCCAGUUCUGUUCGUGGCUAAACACUUCCUCGUCUUUCUUUCUAGCAUAUUGGCACUCCUUGGCAUUUCUCUCCUGAUUAUUGGCGACUUUCCGACUCUUAUCUCCGCAACGUACGGUUUCCAGCUGCUUGUUCCGGACCUUACGCCUAACAUUGGCCUUUGGUGGUACUUCUUCAUUGAGAUCUUCGACUCCUUCCGGGACUUUUUCCUCGGUGUCUUCUGGCUCCAUCUUACAGCGUACGCUGGCAGUCUUUCUGUGCGGCUACGCCGACAGCCUCUAUUCGUCGUUACCUCACUAUUGGGGAUUUUUGCAGUCUUCAAGCCGUAUCCCAGCAUUGCAGAUGCCUCUUUGUACUUUGCUGUUCUCCCGCUCUACCGGCAUCUUUUCCCUUUAAUGCGCUACACCUUCUUCUCCGUGUCGGCUCUUCUCUACGCCUCUUUACUGGGCCCCGCUUUUUACCACCUCUGGAUUUACGCGGGCUCGGGAAACGCCAACUUCUUUUAUGCAAUCACCCUAGUAUGGAGUCUAGGCCUUUCGCUUAUCCUGGCUGAUACAAUAUUCGCCGCCCUCCGCGACGAAUGGGAGCAGGAGAACCCCGACAAGCGCGGCAAGACCGUCAAACAAGUGUAA